UUGACUUUAAAGCCGCCCUAAUUUUGAAUCGCCCAGUUUCCCGCAGUAACUGUGACCAUGGAACUGCUGCUCGGCUCGACAGUGAACGCGUUUGUCAUCUUAACGCUGCACUCUGCAGUGCUCCUCUACCUCGGUGCAGAGGGGACGAGGGAAAUUGCUGUACAACUGGGCGAGGAGGCGAGGUUACCCUGUGAAGCCCAGGAGAAGAAUGAGGUCCAGUACCAUGGUAUCAGCUGGUACAAGGUAGCUGACGAUGGUAUCAGGUUAUCAGGAAUUAUUCUAAAGAAUUUCAAUGAGAAAACUCCCCGGAAGUAUCGAGGUUGCACCACAUCAGUUGAAUUGUCAUCUUUCAGACCCUAUACCUUGAUUAUUUACAAUAUCUCCAGUGAAGACAUGGGAACGUACCAUUGUUCCUUGUGGGCACCAAUCGGAGAAGAAAAUAAGAAGGGAUUUGUGAUAGUGAAAGAAAUGGGUGGUGCAAGCUCAGAAAGUAUGGACUGGAUGAUGAUACUAUCCAUAGCAAGUGGAUUGUGCCUACUUUCUUUACUGUGUUUAUAUCUUAUGAUCAAGAAAAGGAUCACAGGAAAAGAAGACUACACAAAACUGAUCAGCAAGGAUUUGAGGGAUUCCAGUCAAAUUCAGGGACCAUUCAGGGACAACAUACUCACCGUAACGUGACUCUAUGCUGAUGGCAUGAAGAUGAGCAGCUCCACCAGGGAAAGGUUGGAGUGACUUGGUUGGAUGGAAGGCUUGCACACCAGGCCCACUGCAAGUGCCAGAGGCAAAAUGAGGAUGCACACAGUUGCCAGUGGUUCCUGGACUCAGCUACACCUGAUUUUUGUGCACAAAUAACAUACCAAGCAACACGUGUUCUUACAAGCAGGUACUGUGCCCAUUUCCUGUUGAACUCCCAUUCAUCGGGAAGUUGGCCAGGUACUUCCUGUUAAGACACAAGACUGCAGAUGCUGGAAUGUGCAUCAGCAAACAAUCAGCUGGAGGAACUCAGCGGGUCGAGCAGCAUCUGUGGAGGGGAAUGGGAACUGUCAACGAAACCCUGCUUCAGGACUCAUGCAGGGUUUCGACCCAAAACGUCCGCAGUUCCUUUCCUCCCACAGAUGCUGCUCGGCCGCUGAGUUUCUCCAGCAGAUUGUGCGUCGCUCCAGAUUCCGGCAUCUGCGGUCUCUCCUCUCUGAAACCCUGCACCAGACUGGUCAAGUAACCUGCCAAGCCCUGAAAUGUGGGAGGAAGCAGGAGCACCCAGAGGACUGGCAACCCAGGUUCAAUCCUGACCCACCAGUGUUGUAUGUGUGGAGUGUGCACAUUCUUCCAUUGACCACAUGGGUUUCCUCCCCGGUCCAUGAAUUGUGUUGGCAGGUUAAUUGCCCACCUUAAAUUGACCUUAAAUUAAAUUAAUGGCGAUGCAGCUGUGUGAGAGAGUGUGCAUUGCAGGGGUAUGGAGAAUAGGACUGAUGGUGUUACUCCACAAGGAGCAUGCAUGGACCAGAUGGAGUGAAUGGCCUGUGCGGUUUAGGAGUGUACAGCUGUACACAGAACCUUACUUGGUGCUUGGGAUCACAAGAUCACAAGACAAGGGAGCAGAAGCAGGCCAUUCGGCCCAUCGAGUCUGCUCCAAGGAAAAGGGAAAAAGAAAUGGGGUGGGAAAAAAAGAAGAAAAGAAAAGAAAAAAAAAACUAUUCUAAUCCCAUUUUCCAGCCUUAUCCCCAUAUCCCUUGAUACCCUGACUAUUUAGAUAUCUGUCUAUCUCCUCCUUGAAUACCCCCACUGAUCUGGCCUCCACUGCUGUGCGUGGCAAGGAGUUCCACAAUUUCACCACCCUCUGGGUAAAGAAAUUUCUCCUCAUCUCUGUCUUGAAACUGUACCCUCUAAUUCUAAGAUUGUGCCCUCUGGUCCUGGACACGCCCACCAAGGGAAACAGCCUAGCCACAUCUACUCUAUCCUUACCUGUCAACAUUUUAAAUGUCGCUACGAGGUCCCCUCUCAUCCUUCUGUACUCCAGCGAGUACAGUCCAAGAGCCGACAAACGCUCAUCAUACUUAAGCCCUUUCAUUCCUGGAAUCAUUCUCGUAAAUCUCCUCUGAACCCUCUCCAACAUCAGCACAUCCUUCCUAAGAUGUGGGGCCCAAAACUGCGCACAGUAUUCCGAAUGAGGCCUCACUAGCGCCCCGUAGAGCCUCAUCAACACUUCCUUACUUUUAUAAACUAUACCUCUCGAGAUGAAUGCCAACAUAGCAUUCGCUUUCUUAACCACCGAUCCAACCUGGUGGUUAACUUUUAAGGUAUCUUGUACGAGUACCCCCAAGUCCCUUUGUACUACCGCACUAUCAAUCUUCUCUCCUUCUAGAUAAUAAUCUACCCGCUUAUUUCUGCUUCCAAAGUGUACAACUGCACAUUUCUCAACAUUGAAUCUCAUCUGCCAUUUCCUUGCCCAUUCUCCUAAACUGUCUAGGUCCCGUACCCAGCGACUGCUGCUGAGUUUGUUACCACAGUGGAAUCCUUAGGCUGGUGUGCAGCCAAACCAAGGGAAGAAGAGGCCACAAGUUCCCUCACAUCCAGCAAGAGUGGAUGAGAGAGACCACAGGAUCUGGUGGUUUCUCAAUACAAGGGUCAGGCACUGUCAGUCACCAUCAAUGGCCCCCACUCACUGUGGUAACCAGUUUGCAGCCCUGAGCCCUGAAUCUCAGCACUGAGUGACUGCACCACUCACCUCAGCCUGCCCAACACCAACCCUCAUAGGCAGCCUCUCCACACCGAGCUCUGGGACAACUCUUGGUGCAUACCAGUGGAGGCAGGGAUUCACAUCAGGUACCUGCCACAACCACCUGCAACCUGAGUCGAUGUCUUUUAUAAAGUAUAGGGGAUACGUACCUACAAUGCUGGAACUGAAGCUAACAAAUCAGUGCCCUGGAAGGUAAUGCCAAGCACAGUAUGAAAUAGAUGACGUGACUUCUCUCCCCCACUUACCAUACCCUCUUCCCGUAUCAACCCUUCCACACUCACCACAACCCUGCUCCACUCAUGACUCCUUUCCCACUCGUACCCUCUUUCAUUAAAAGGAAUUAAUGUAGAAAUAGUCUAAGUGGGUGGUUGAUGAUCAAUGGGUGAAGGGCCUGUUUCUGUGCUGUAUCUUUCUAUGUUUCUUUGCAUUCUGCCCUAUUUCCAAUCGCUGAGAGCAGCCCCUCCAACACUACCCUGCCACCUCAUCUUCAGUCACCCACCCCUGCUCCAUCCCACUCAUCAUAAUCCACUCUGUUGUACCACCUACCCCCAACACUCACAAGGCACAUAAGUUAACUACCUGAAAAUGUAUUUUUAAAAUGAUCUUGCAGAAAAGUUGUUACACGACAGAUAAGGGUUAUUUGGAAUCUGCCAGGGAAAAGAAUGAAGUGAGGAUAUUGAAGGCAUUCACCACGUAAACACGAAAAAUGCUUGAAACACUCAGCAGCUGAGGCAACUUAAUGUCCACAAGCUGUAUCCUAUGCAGACCACCUCUGAUAAAGACCAACAUUCUAUUAGACUUUCAGAGUAGUUUAAAUUCAUUGGGACUGCCAAGAAAGGACUGGCUUGCUUCUGAACUUCCAUUACAAGGCAUAACAUACCUUGUAGGUCUUCUAACCGCAAUGAUAUUUUACUUAGUUCUCUCCAGAGGAAGAUAUCAAAUAGUCAACGAUUGACUUAGGGUUGCACUGUGUGUUCCAACAUUACACAAUGGUGAUCUCACUUCUGCACCAUUUCCAAUAGGUCUAUCUUUGUUAAGCCUUUAUUCUUCUAAUUGAUUAUCUUCGUCUGCUCCAUACCUUUGUCCAAUUAUUUUCCAGCUUCAUUGUGUUAACCACUUAUCUUCUGCUGCUUCAUUUCAGAAUCCAUUUACUUAAUCUGGUUGGAGUGAGAAUCUGGGCCUCCAGACUCCUCCUGGAAAAUAGAGAGUCUUCCUUGUUUGGGAAUUGGAGAAUUCAUACCUUCAACUGGUUUUGAAGUUGUCAAGGCCUGAUCGAUUGUUAGGCCCAAACAGUGUUGGCUUCUUCACAAUUGUUGGCAUUUAUUAAUGACUGCUUUCCAUAAUUGCAUAGACCACAAAGUGUGCAGCAUCUGGGCUGCUAACUGACUCGUUCUAGGGGUCAUUUUCCCACUUAGCUCUUCUGACAGGAUUACUCAUCAGCUGGCACCAUAAAUGCAGAAUUGCAAAGCCAUCAUUUCAAAUGACUGGCUUUUCCUUUCUCUGCAGUGUACAGGGCACAGCUAAGGCGCUAUAGAGGCAUAGACCUUUGGAUAUUAAGUCUUCAUGACGUGCAGCACUAUAGAUGGUGAGAAGUGCAAACUUACAGUGAAAAACAUGCAGAAUAUAAUUGAUAUGAUUCAUGCUGGGUGGUGUGUGCCUCUUUCAACCUGUUUAUUAUCAUUAGCUCCAAAACAAAAUUCUCUCCAUAUGAAUCACCUCAAUGAUUUUUCCUGAUGAUCACUUUAGCAGAUUUUCAUUUUGGCCAUUAAAUUCGGAAACGUAAGGUAUUAAAGAAAGUCAUGUGUACCAUCUGUUAUUAAAUCAUCAGAAUCUGGGGGAUCAGAGUGAACCAGGAAAUUAAGACAAUAUUUAUCCUACGAUGUUGGGGCCAUACAGGAGAUAGUGGGAAGAUCUCUUCCAUAUUAUCUAUUACCUCAUGCACUUCCAUUUUUGUUGCCUCCUUCCAUGAGCUUUAGGGGAGCACAUUGAUAUUUCAAAGGGAUUUAUUUUUCACCAUCAUGCGUUUCCACAAAUAUACUAUCACCUCCUGGUGGAGAGCAGCACCAGCCGACAACUUGCACCAGAUGAUGAUUCCCUAUCUUAGGAAAGUGGGGAACGUGAGGGUGGCACAGUGGUAGUGCCAAUGACCCCGGUUCAAUCCUGACUUCGGGUGCUGCCUAUGUGGAGUUUGCAUGUUCUCCCUGUGCCCACAUGGUUUUCCCCUGGAUGCUCUGGGUUCCUCCCACAUCUCAAAAAUGAAUGGGUUAGUUGUUUAAUUGGCCACUGUAAAUUACUCCAAGUGUGUAAGUGAGUGAGCUAGGGCAGCAUUAGUGAAAAUGGGUGAUAGGUGCAGACUCAGUGGGCCAAAGGGCCUGCUCCUGUGCUAUAUGACUCUAACUAGAAAGGACGUAAAUAAAUAAUUAUGGCAUUGUCCACCAGUAGUUUGGUCAGUGGGUCUGUCUGAGUUGGCGAAGUGAUGUAGAUCUUCUGUAUUGGGGAGGGGAUUGUUAUCUGAUUAAAUAUUGACCUUGAACCAACUAUGGUUAUAUAAUCAGAAGCAAAUCACCUAUCCGAGGGAAUAGGAUGGAACCACUUCAUUCUCAGGCAUUCACUUCCCCAAUGUUGCUGGCCUUCAUUAGGUAAUACUAAUGGACAGGGGUCCUGCCCUAUGUGAUCACAGCAAGUGUGCUCUUCUUAUGCACAACUCUUAACAAGCAAGUGAGACAAAUCUUCACCUGCUCUUGAAGUUUUCAAAUCUGUGCAAAUAAAAUAAUGAAUCUUCUUAUGUGGAUUCAUCAACUCACCAACAUUCAGUCUCUUUGUGGAUCUACCAAUUCUAGAGACAUACAGCAUGGAAACAGGCCCUUUGGCCCACUGAGUCCAUGCCAACCAAACACCCUUUUUUUUACACUAAUCCUACCCUUUCACGAUUUAUUUAUUUAUUCUGUUUUCCAAACUUGAGCUGUGCUUCUGAGCUUAUUACAUACACAUGAUUCCAGUCACUGAUUGGUGUGGAAAAAUCUGGCCAUACUAAAGUAUUAAAUUAGUUCAAGUUAAGAGGAAAUAUUUGCAGAAGAGAAAUCAUGAACUAAGCAUGUGCAAUUUUAUUGACUUGGGCUCCUGAUCAGCAAAUUGCAUCCAAUUUGAUAAUGUAUUCUGUCUUUGUAACACAGUGCAUGUGUUGAAAGCUUUCUGACUACAGUACUAUUUAAAGUCAAACACCACCCCAGCUUCUUAACAUGCUAACAACCAGCAGAAAAUAGCUUCAUAAAUCAAAGACCUUGGAAUCAAAGAUGUUAUAGCAAAAAAUUGUAAAUCAGGUGGCUGUAAAUGAAGGAAUUACUGUAAUAGUAAAAUCUUCUGGCUACAACUCUAAUUGGGUCACCUGAGCUGAUAAGGGCUGCAAAACUAUUUCAAGCAAAAUACUCUGUCAUAAUCCCCUGCCUUUAAAUAAUGAAAGCAUUGUUGAUGGUGGUUGAACAGAAAUUGGGUUGUUAACAAAUUCUGGCAUUUGUAACUUCAUGCACUUGAAUAAAAAGUAUCAGUAACUGGC